AUGGCGUCGAGCGACGAUGACGUGACCCGGCCGCCGGAGGAGGGGUUGACGGUAUCGGCCUCCAUCGGCCCGCGUUUUGGCAACGCGGGCGUGUGGAGAGAGGCUGUCGCCAACUCCUACUACGCCGCGCGCGCGGACGAGGACGAGAUCUCGCUGCGCGUCGCCGAGGCUGACCGCGAAGCCCGGGAAUCGGCGAGGUGGAGGGAGGAAUGCGAGAAGGAGAGACGGGCCAUCGCGGAACGCAUCAAGGCGCGCCACGGCGCGUAUCCCCCGAAGCCCGCGCCCGCGACGCCUGCGGAGAUGGACGCCAGGCGCGCGAGCAAGAAGGCGGAGAUCAUGCGCUUAUCGAAGCGGGACGAGGAGAACAAGAUGCUGCGCGCGCGAAUCUUGCCCCCGCACCAGUACGACGGCGAGUUUCCCGAGGAGAUGAGGAAGCACGGGCGGGUGCUGGAGCACGGCGGCGUGUACGCCGACACCGCGCUCUGGCGCAGGCACGAAGCCGAGUGGGAGGAGUUCAUGGAGACCGCGCGCGGGAUGAGCAUCAUACGCAAGCGACAGAUCCCCUUCCCCGAGGCGGGCGGCGCGGCGCUGUACCGUCACCUCAUCUUGAAAUCCAUCCACGAGUUUAACCUCUCCGAAGAGGAUGCCGAGAAGUUCGCGUUUCGCCGGUGCGCCAUGCGUUGGCACCCGGAUAAGGUGAUGACCGCCGUGGGGAUCCGACUGCUUCCGGAGGAGUACGACGAGGUCGGGGCCAAGUGCGUGGAGGUGUUCCGGGAGGUCCAGGAGGAGCACAAGAACAGGCUGAGGCUGCGGGGGACGCUGCCGAGCGGCUGCGACUAA